AUAGUUCUGACUCUGACUCAGUCGUAAUCUCGGUAUUAAAGGUGAAAGUUUGCACCACGAGCACUUCAAACAUUAAUUUAUCAAGAUUAUGAUCAAUUUGAUGCGUAAUCUAACUAAAUUAGUAUAUAAUAAAUGAUUUAUACCAAAAAUCUUCAGUUUACGACUUCAAACGAUUCCUAAAAGUGUCCCACAAUGUGUAAAGAAAUCAAGUUCAUUCAACUAAACGGAGCCCCAACAAAAGUAAUCACAUGGGGGAAAAGUUUGGGUGAAAAAUUCUACAGCGACGACCACAAAGAAUUAAUUCUGGUAAUUCCUGGAAACCCCGGGGUCACUCAACUUUACGAACCAUUCCUCGAUAACCUCUACGCUCAACUUCAAAAACCAAUUUGGAUCGUUGGACAUUCAGGACAUGAAAAACCCGAAGAUUUCGACACAACCCAAAAAGAAACCCCGUUCAACUUCACUUUAGAAGCUCAAAUCAAUCACAAGAAAACGUUCAUCGAAACCUACAUUCCAAAGGACAUUAAAAUCCAUCUCGUGGGGCAUUCCGUCGGUGCAUUCUCAAGUUUAAAGUUACUCGAGGACGAAUCGAUAAAAAAUCGUAUCAAAAAGACGUAUUUCAUGUUCCCCACGAUCGAACAUUUGGGUAAAUCGAAAAACGGGCUGUUUAUGACGCGGAUAAUUAAACCGAUCGUUCCAAUUAUAUUGUUUUUGGCGUGGAUUUUUACUUUACUCCCGGCGUUAAUCCAAAUAUUUUGCAUUCACAUUUAUCUAUUCGUAACGGGGAUCGAAAAACAUCAUUUAGACGCUAUCGUUAAAUUUGUUGACCCGUUUAUUUUACGGAAUAUUUUUCAAAUGGCGUAUGAUCAAAUUCGAGACGCAACUAAACGACCCGACGAUAAAUUAAUGAAACAUAAGGAUAUUUUGCAGUGUUAUUACGCCGAAAUAGAUAAUUGGGUACCUAGGAAGAGCCCCAAAAAUCUUAUGGCUACCUUGCCCCAAUUAGAUGUUGAAAUCUCAAAGGAUGGGGAACAUUGUUUUGUGUUGUAUCAAUCUAAAGAGAUGGCAGAUAUCGUUGUUAAUUGGUUUAGAUGAUUUCAUUUAUUUUUGUAUACUUAUUUAUUUUAAUUUAAGACAAAAUAAAACGCAUUUAAUUCUUA